CUCAACAUGAUUGUCAUAAGCAUGACUGCUGUUCAGGUUGUGACUAAUUUGAAUGCACUAGCCAGAUUAUUCAAGAGUUUUGUUUACACUGUGGCUUUGACAGUGCAUUUGUUCAUUCAGUGUUUCAUGUCGCAGCAGAUCGUCGACAGCAGUCUUCUAGCCAAACAAAGCUUGAUGAAUGCUAAAUGGUACCUCGCUCGAAAACCGACUAAGCAAUUGCUGCACUUCAUGAUUAUGAGGAGUCACGUCCCGUGUCAACUGACGGCAGGAAAAAUUAUGCUCAUGUCCCUGAAUACCUUCAGCUCGGUCAUCAGAACCUCCGCGACCUACUUCACAGUAUUUUUAGAUAUGCAAUAGCCUAAAGAAUUUGUGUCCGUCACUUGUUGAAUAUGGAUGACCCUGCAAUAAAUUUUUGAUAUA